AAAUAAUUGGUUUAGCAGUUAUAUUAAAUAUGAUUGAAGAUCAACCUAGAGAGCUGGCCGAGAGGCAGAGAGAGCAUCAGAGACAUUCAGCUAUGAUGCAGCAACAACUUCGUGAUGAGGAAGAAGAUUAUGGAGAAGGAGAGUAUGUACAGGAAGAAGAUGUACAAGAGGAAGGACAAGUAGAGGAAGAAGAAGAGUAUGAGCAAAGAGAUGCACAAGAUUCUCAACGACUCAUUCUUGAGGGUGACAACUACAACAGGGCUAGAGAAAGAGAGGAAGUACUCAAGAAGCUUGUAAGUUCUCAAGAAGUCUACAUCCAAGAGCUUGAAGGUAAGAAAGGAGAGCUUGAAGGUGAAAUCCAUUUCUGGAGAAACAAUAAGUCACAAGAAAGUGCAACUCAGGAAAGAUCCCAUCAAGAUAAAGUGGCUCAGAGUUCAGGAGAUCAAGAUUCAUCAAUUUUGGUUGAUUUGGUUGAGAAGAACCAAAUUAUGAUCCAGCACUUACAAGAUCAACUCAAAGAAAAGGAAGAGGAUUAUGAAAACAGGUUGAAUCAGAGCGAAAUCCAUCAUCGUACUGAGCUAGAGGUUCUAGAAAGUGAGAACAGGAUCUUGAAGAAGGCUCAAGAGCAGAAGUUCACCUGUGAAAAAGACAGAGUAAACUUCCACAGUACCCUGAGAAACAACCUGCUAGAAGAAAUAGAAAGGAUUGAAAAGGAUCAAGAAGAGAAGGAGAAAAAUCUUUCUCAGUGGAGAAGUAAUAUGAUGACUGAAUUCCAAGAGGAGAGAGAAGAUGCUGAAAACAGAAUCCAGAAUUUAUCCCAGCAAAUUCAGGAAUUAUCAGCCCAACUUGCUGAUAAAGAGAAGGAACAUGCCAGUAUGCAGAGUGAAUUUGAAGCAAGAGUGGAUUAUUUGACGAGUCAAAAGAGAGCCCUCGAGCAGAAAGUAGAGGAGAGAAGUAGACAGAUUGGCACUCUACAGAAUUCUUUGUCUUCCAAGCAUCACCAGAGCACCUCUGAUGAAACUAAAUGGGAGACUGAGAAGGAGGAACUUUAUAAGAACCUCUCCCAAGUUUCUGAAAUCCUUGAAGAUAAGGAAAGACUUCAUGAAGAACAAUUGAAGAACCUGGAGGAGCAGUAUAAGAUCUCACUGGAAGUUCUUGACCAAAGAAUCAAGAUGCUUAAUGAUGAGAAGAGGCAAGUUGAAAAACAGAGAGGGUUUGAAAAGGAUGACCUCUCCAUCUCCCUUGCUGAGACUAGUACUCAAGUUGAAAAACUGAGAGCUACUAACGGUCUCAUGAUCUCAAUUUUCACAGAGAGAGAAAACCAAGCUGCAUCUGAUAUUGAACUCAUGAGGAACGAAGUUGUGAAUCUCCAAAAAUUAUUUGAUAAUAGAGAAGUCAACUAUAUCGAUGAGACCAGGAAAUAUGCAGAAAAUGUAGAAAGACUCCAUUCCUUACUCGAAAAGGCCAAUGAAAGACUUGAACAAGGCUGGGACCCAGAGAAGAUUGUAUCUGAAGAACUCAGAAUUCAAGUAGAAACCUUGGAAAGACAACUAGCUGUUAAGGAUGAGCAGUUAGAAAACCUGAAGGUUGAAGUCUUGGAUGCUCAAAAUCAGCAGAGAAAGGACAUUACUGAAACAAUUGGAAAGUUUAGAGCUUACUUGCAGCAUAUGGGCCAGCAAGAAGUUCUAACUGAGCAGAAAUACCAAGACUUCUUGGCAGAGCAACAGGAGGUCGAUAAGAUCUGUAACGAGAGAGAGCUUGACGAUACCAAUAAAAUCAAUGACUCUUUGGGAGAAAUUAAUGAUUUGAGAUUUAGAAUCAGAGAGCUUGAGGCAAAUAACAAAGCUAAGGAAUAUGCUGAGCUUGAGUCAAGAUUCAUUAAAUUGGAAGCUGAAUUAUCCUAUACCAAACAAAGCUUGGUUGGAAAGAUCCAAACUUUGAAUACUUUCGAAGAUCAGAUCCGCCACAAACUCGAGCAAUCAGAUGUAAAUCUUGAUGAAAAUGACGAAAUUUUGAGACUCAGAAUGGAGAAUGUCAGACUAAAUGAAGAGAACUCAAGUCUUCUAAAUGCUAAACAAUCCAUUGAGACUAAUCUCAAUGACAGAAUUGAUGUGCUGGUGAAAAAGCUAUUCAUCAAGACUGAAGAGUGCGAGGAGCUACAGAAUAAGUAUUCCAACUUAUUGACUUCUCUCAAUGGUCAGAGAGAGGAAGAAAUCAAGAGUUGGAUUAGAAGACAGGAUUUAGUCAAGAAGACUAUCGAAGAGCUCAGGAUCCAAUUAAAAGACACAAGAGACAGAAGGACUUCUUCCCUUGCUAUGAAGGAUCAGGAGCAUAAGCUGACUACAGAUGAGGUAAAGCUACUCAGGAUUGAAGCAAGCAAGAUGCAGAAGAGUACUGACAAGAUGUUCAAUGACUGGGUCAAUGAGAAGAAUGGGCUCCACCUUGAAAUCAACUCCCUUAGAGAUAACCUGAAGGCUGUAGAAACCUACUACCAUGAAGCAAAAGACCUGAAGAAUCAGGAAAGUGACUUGAUUGCCGAACAAAGACAUAAGUUGAGAGAGAAAGAAGAGUACUACAUCCAACUUGCCAAUCAGAAGAUAGAGAUUGAAUCUGCCAUGAAAGAGCAAAGGGAGAGAGAAGAUGCAGAUAGGGAGGAGAAGACUGAGAGAAUCAUCAACAUGCUCAGAAAGGAGCUAUCUGAUGCUCAUGGUGAAAUCAAAAAGCUCCAAAAUUAUCAUAAUUCCAAAAUUGAAGAAAUUGAGCAACUUCAUGAGGAGAAGAUCAAGAUUAUAAAUGAGAAAGAAGGGUCUAGUCAAUACCAUAACCAGCAGCUCAAGUCAAGACUUGAGAAUGCUGAGAAGACUUAUAAUGACCUAAAGACCAAUGAGAAAAUUGAGAAAAUCGUUCUAAGGACUCAAGUAAAGACACUGUCUAAAUUAACCGAAGAAAGAAUUGAGAAGACCUUGCUCGAGAAAGAAGAUAUCAAAUCCAAGCUUGAUAGCCUGGUGAAAUCUGCUGCUAUCAUCGAAGAUGAAGAGAAUAGGUACAAGUCAACUAUCGAGCUCAAGCUGAGCAAGAUCCAAAAGUUCAUGAAAAAAGUCCAUGAAGUUCUAGCAUCCACCUACAAAUCCGAAGAGCUCGAACUAAUCCUGAGGGACCUUGAGGAUAUCGCUCAAAGAUCAGGACUGGAAGACAAGACCAAGAGUUCUGGGUACUCUAAGAAGAGAAUGGAUUAUGAAGACAGGAUCUCAGAGAGAAUGCACCAUGCCAAGAAAGAGAUCGAGAAAAUCCACAGUUUAGAAGGUGAGAGAAAGGCUAAACAUAUGGUCGAGAAGUUAUCAAUCGUGGAGCUCUCCCACAGACUCGCUUCUCUCAUUAAAGAUAUUGAGGAGAUCACUGCUUAUGAGAAGAAAAUUAUGACUGGAGAAAUCAAGCAAUUCAAGGAAGCCAUGGGAGAAAAGGAAAAUAGAUUAAACAAUGAAGUUAAGGGAAUUAAGAGAGAAAGAGAUGAUCUCUUAGUUAAGCUGGGUACCCUUGACCUCAACAAUAGAGAAGACCAACAGAGACUUGAGACUAUCAUCAAUGGAUAUAAGGAGGAUAAGGAUGAAAGAGUCACUGAUGUAAUGAAAGAAAAUGAAAAACUCCAUAGUUAUGCUACAAAAGUAACCGAACUUCUUGAAUCAAGCAGUACUAAAGUCCCUGUGACCCUCCCAUCCAAGGGUAGAUACAAGGCUGAUCUAAAGGCUACUGGAAAGCCUCAGAAGUCCAAGAAGGCUUCUUACCUAACCUCCAGCAAAAAGGCUGCUAGAGAGGUAAACAUCAGAAACAGUGUGAGGAAGAAGGCUCAAAAAUAAUGAUUAAAUUCAAUGAAUGGAAACGAAAA